CUUUCCUCCUGGUUUCACAGGAGAUUUUGACUUUGUUCUGUGGAGAAUGACCAUCACGAACUUCUCAAUUGAAUAUGAUGCCAUCAACAGCAGAAACAUCUUCACAAAUGGAGAUACCAUUAAUGGGAGAAUCAUCGUGGAGGUGUCUAAGGAAACUAAAGUCCAGUCUCUUGUUUUUAUAGCACAAGGAAAAGCUCGUGUCCGCUGGACUGAACAUUACGGGCAGUAUCAUACUCAUGUGUACUGGGCUGAUGAGAAAUAUUAUGAUGUCAAACAUCACAUCUUGAGAGAGUCAAGACAAGAUGGAUCUGAAAUCAUUGGUAAAGGACGACAUGUGUUCCCUUUUUCCUUCCAGAUUCCCGACAGAAAAAUCCCAUCAUCUUUCAAAUCCUGCAUUGGCAAGAUUGUUCACAAAGUGAAGGCAGAGCUUAAACAAUCAAUGAAGCUGACAAAAAAGACCAAAACACACUUCACAUUUGUGUCCAAAGCUGACAUGGAUAUUCCAGGACUUCUGGACCCUCAGUAUGGUAGCAAGGAUAAAUCUGUCAAAGUUUUCGGCUCUGGAAACAUCUCAAUGGAUAUUCAAACCAAGCGAAUGGGAUACAAGCAAGGUAGGGAUCUAAAGGUCAUGGCUGAAAUCAGCAACCAAUCAAGUCGUUCAGUGAAGCCCAAAUUCAUACUGUACGAGAAGCAGAGCUUCUUCGCCCAGGGUCGCAGGAGAGUUAGCACAAAUGAGAUCCUUAAGGAGAAGGUGGAGGCUGUUGAACCCUCCAGGAAAGAGACUGUGACCAAGGUGAUCACCAUCCCCAGAGAGCUACCUCCCUCCAUCUUGAACUGCUCCAUCAUCAAGCUGGAGUACAGGCUGAAGGUCAUUCUAGAUGUCAAACUUGCUUCAGACCCUGAGAUCAAACUCCCUAUAGUCAUCCUACCUGAGCGCCCUGCUGAGAAACAACUGCCUCCUUCUGCCGGUGUUGGAUUUGAAACAUUUGGGAGCCAAAACCAAGCAGCCUGGAACAUGGUACCACAACCACAAGCAACACUUGGAGCUCUGGAUCCCCCACCUCCUUACGGAGCAUAUCCAAAUUACCCCUCAUUUACCGAUUACAGCAAAUGAAGCUCAGCGUAAGUUCAAUCAGGAAUCUUUGUGUUCAUCCAUUCACAAUUCUCUCCAUCCCACUCCCACUGCUUCCUCUAAUCUGCUGACUAUGGGCGUUCACUCUUCCAGUUGUCCAAUCAAACUUUGCCACGAUCUCUAUCAGCCAGUCAGGAUGCUACUGCCAAAUUUUAAAUCUGCUCUCUCCUCUGCUGCUGUGAGCCGUCAUUUUAGGCAGAAUUGUAGCGCCCUCCUCCACCCUGUUCACCUCCAGCCAUCGUAUCCAGAGUCAAGGACAAGGUCAACAAAGGCUCAUUCCUCUACUCACUUCUCCAUCUUCCUCUCAUCUCAUCUUCACCACCUCUACCACCACCAGCGUCUAGACCCUGUGGGGUUCCCUAUACAACCAUGGAUUCAUCACCCCCCUUAAAUCAUACCAUCUCUAUGGGGUCUAAUCGCCAAAGACUUUCCACAUUUUUCAUUCUUAUGUGCAGAUUCUUUUUACUAUAUAACUCUCCUGAUUGCAAUAAGGUUAAUAAUUCACAGCAGCAGGCUACAGCAGGCUCUCGUCUUAAACUCCACUGCCACAGAUUUCUUUGCUUUAUUCAUGUAGUCUGCAGCCCCAACCAAAGUUUUCCAUGCAGCUCCCUCUGGAGCCAGAAAAAAAUAUUGACUUUUCAGCUUUGCUAUGUAGCUGAUCUGCUGUCAAACCAUGUCUUUUUAGUGUAAAAUGUUUACUCAGAGUUCUGCAGAGGCAGAAGUCCAGCAUUGCCUGCAGGUACACAUUGUUGUGUAUGCUUAUGUUUGUAAUAUUUUUAGCUGUGUAACUGAAGAUGCUUUGAAUAAAUAGUUGAUAUCUUUGUGUAAAAAUAGUAAUCAUAUGAUUCUUAGUCCGUUCCCAGUUGCGUUGGUGCCAUUUUUAAACCGUGAACUGAAUUCCAUGUGUCGGAAUGUUAUGUUCACACUAACUAAAUGUUCAUCAGCCUGCUCAAAGGAGCUGUAUGCAACAUGCAGACCAUAUCCCCCCCUCUCACUUAAAAUCAUGAAGUCUAAAAUCAUCUUUUAAGAAAAGAUCCUUUGGCCAGUGUGGAGAUUUUGCACAACAUCUAUUUUAAAGCAGAAAAUUAAGCCUGCAGCAUCUCCUAGCAAACGGACUGUGGCCAAGGUGAUCACCAUCCCUCGAGACAAACUGCCCUCCAUCUUGAACUGCUCCAUCUCAAAGCUGGAGUACAGGCUAAAAGUAAACAGCAGCAUGUUACAGUCAGCUUAAAAGUUGUUGAAUGUGUACUGACUCUUAAUCUUUUACCCUUAAAGCAGAUGCAAUUUCAUUAUAUUUCAUUGCCAAGUUGUUCUACAUAUUUCUUUGAUCAAAUAUCCUGUAAUGAAACAGUCAGUUGGGAUUGUUUUAUGCAUGCCGAACCAUCUUCUAGGGAGCAGGACACUUUGUAGCGUAUAAAGUCAUCAGUACAGGAAAGACAUAGCUCUAAAAGGACGCUUGGUCCCUUCUUUUAUCAUCGAUAUUGUAUUCCUGCCAGGUGGAAGCCCUGUGUCAUCCCCCUAAUUAAGAUUAACAGUAUAUCAUGUUAUCCGAGUCAGCAGCAAUAUUGACCUCAUGUUUGUUUCUACUGUCUCAUAGUAAAUACUUAACAUAUAAUAUUGUCAGUGAACAAAUAAGCAGAAUAAAUCCCAUAUAUUUUUUA